CUCGAUCCCAUUCCUACUUGAAAUUCCCAUACACUCAUUUACACAUACAUACACUUUCUCUGCUGUACGUUACUUUUCCUCUCCUAUUUCGCCUUUUCUCGUUUACCAAACACACGCUCACACAGUGACCACAGUCUCUCUCUCACACAGGUGUGGUUUAUCUGCUCUUCUUUCUCCGUCCCCAGUCUUGUGUUUGUCGGUAGGAUCAGAGCAAGGCGCAUUAUGAUGUUCAUUGUGUCUCUCAGGGUUUGCAUUUGCUUCCCUGUGUAGCUUUUCUUUUGUUUCAGUUUCAAAUAUUAGAGAACUUCUCUCAUCUUUUUGAUUUGUUGAUCCAUGCAUGAUUAGAUUUUGGUCACUCUUCGCUUUGUAUUUGUGCUGUUAAUAGAUUUUUAGCUAUUCUUUAAGAAGUAUUUUAGUGGUGAAGGUGGAGCGAGUGUAAAUAAUGGACCAGAAGACGUGGCUAUGGAGGAAGAAAUCUACGGAGAAGAUGAUUGUUGCAACUGACAGAGUAAACUUCUCUCCCGGUGGAAAUGAAGAGGAGAUACAGACACUUCUGGCUGAUAAGGCAGAAUUGGAGAAGACCCUGAAAAGUUUAAAUGAUAAACUUUCUUCCACCCUGUCUGAAUGUAAUGCUAAAGAUGAUCUUGUAAGGAAACAGGCAAAGAUGCUGGAGGAAGCCAAGUCAGGUUUGGAGAAGGCAGAAGCCAGAACAGUGUCUCUGAAGCAAGAGCUAGAUGAAGCCAUGCGGCAGAGAGCUGCUGGAGAAGAAAGGUUAACUCACUUAGAUGCAACCCUCAAGGAGUAUAUGCAACAGCUGCAAUUUGUUCGAGAAGAGCAGGAGCAGAGGGUUCAUGAUGCUGUGAUGAAGGUGUCAGGGGAAUAUGAGAAGUCCCAAAUGAUUUUGGAGGAGAAGUUGGCAGAGACCAGUAAAAGGCUUGCAAAAAUAGGUGUUGAGAAUACUCAUUUAAGUAAGGCUCACUUGGCAAAAGAAAAGUUGAUUGAAGAUCUAACUAAACAGAAGACUCAGAUGGAAGCAGAUUUAAAUGCUCUGAUGAUUAGGUUAGAAUCUACAGAGAAAGACAAUGCUUCUUUGAAAUAUGAAGUCCGAGUUCUAGAGAAGGAGCUUGAGAUUCGGAAUGAGGAGAGAGAAUUCAAUCGUAGAACAGCUGAUGCAUCACAUAAGCAACAGUUAGAGAGUGCUAAGAAAAUUGCAAAGUUAGAAUCAGAAUGUCAGAGGCUACGUCUGCUUGUUCGCAAGCGGUUGCCAGGCCCUGCUGCCUUGGCAAAGAUGAAAAGUGAAGUUGACAUAUUGGGAAGGGAUUCAAUAGAUAAGAGGAAGAGAAGAACAUCUUCCAGUCCUAGUGGUUUAAUUGUUGAUACUGCUGUUGACAGCUCCCCAGAUACUCCCAGCAAAAAGAUCGAUUUUCUGGCUGAGCAGUUAUAUGCCAUGGAAGAAGAAAACAAGGCUCUCAGAGAAGCCUUUACUAGAAAAGCAAAUGAACUUCAAAUUUCAAGAACCAUGUUUGCUAGCACAGCUUCCAAAUUAUCACAGGUUGAAUUGCAUCUUGAUGAGUUGUCAAAAGGCCAGACAACCUUGGAGCCUUCAAGGAGUGGUCUUGUGCCACAUGAUCUCUCUUUGGCCUCAAUGUCUGAUGUUUGCAGUGAUGAUAAGGUUAGCUGUGCUGAAUCAUGGGCUUCUGCUUUGAUUUCAGAGUUGGAGCACUUCAAACAUGGGAAACAAUGGGGGUCACCUUCAGUUAAAACUGUUGGAGGUUCAGACAUAAAUCUAAUGGAUGACUUUGUGGAAAUGGAAAGACUUGCAAUAGUCUCUGUUGAUAAGCAGUCAGGAAGUACUCAUGUUCCAUCUGAUGGUGCUAACACAGAAGUUAGCCCCACGAAAAUUGGUUUGGAUGAGUAUGCCUCACAGGUAACUGGUAAGAAUAUUGUUCCUACAUUGGAGUCUGGCUCUGUGGUACCGAACCAGGUAAUUAAGUCUAAGGAUGGUGUAAUUGGUAAACUUCCUGACUGGCUGCAGGAGAUUCUGAAAGUUUUGUUGGAACAAACUCAUAUCACACAGAGAAAACCUAAUGAAAUUCUGGAGGAUGUUAAAGUAGCUUUGAUAGGCAUAAUUAACGAGAGCCCUGGAGAGUAUAUAGAUACAAGAGAGAGCUCAAAACAUCUUGAUGCAUCAAAUUCCCCUCAUGUUGGUGGUGACAUCUCCUGGAAGCUUACAAAUAAAUCUUUAUUGAUGGAUUCUUCUUGUGGAAUUAAUAAUGUUGAUGUCAUUCUGACAGAUAGAAAUAAUCAGUCAAAUCUAAGCAAAUCGUUGCACAAUAUAAUUGCACACAUUCAACGGAUCACUUCACCCAAUUAUGGUAGUUCAGAUACUUUGUCUAGAAAGGAUAGGAAUUUCUUUCCCUAUAAGAAUUCAGAGACAUCUUCAGGCUACAUGGUUUGUCUUCUGCAGUGGAAGACCUCUGAACUGACUGCUGUCUUACAGCAAUUUGUUCAUGCUUGUUAUGAUUUGUUGAAUGGAAAAUCUGAUGUCAACAGGUUUGCUCAAGAAUUGAGCUAUGCUUUGGACUGGAUUAUGGACCACUGCUUUUCCCUUCAAGAUGUUUCAAGCUUGAGGGAUGCAAUUAAAAAGCAAUUUGAUAGGAAUGAAUCACGAAGUGAAAGUGAACCAGAGGUUGGAAGGAUUAGUCAAUUUCCAGGAGUGGAUAAAUUGUCCCUUCCCCGUGAUGAAUACUCGUGUUUGUCUAUAGUUGCUACUUCAAAUGGGUUCCAUAACUGUUCUGAAAAGGAUGAAUUUCAAUAUACUGUUAGAGAUGAAAACCAGAAAUUAAACGAUGAACUGAUUAACAUAGAAUCUACAGAGAAAGACUUGGAAGGGAGGCUUCAAUCAGCUAUUGAUAAGAGUGAAUCCUUGAUGAAUCAACUUCGGGAAUCAGAGAAAACCAUCAAAAGCAUGCAAAAUGAAGUAGAAACUCUGAAAAUGUCCAAAACAAUGAUUGAAAAUCAAAGUGAAAAUCACAAGUUGAUGAAAGAAGAUCUUGAUACACAGCUUAAAGUGGCCAAAGCAGAGUUAAACGAGGCUCACCAGAAGUUUUCUUCCAUGGAAGUGGAAUUGGAAAACAAAAACAGCUGCUGUGAAGAUUUGGAGACCACAUGUCUUGAACUUCAGCUCCAACUUGAAAGUAUAACGAAGAAAGCAAUCUCUGAAGAAAAACAACUUCGAACGGAUUGGGAGAUAACUGCUGCUUCAGAAAAGUUGGCAGAGUGCCAAGAGACUAUUCUAAACCUGGGAAAGCAGUUAAAGGCUUUGUCUACACCUAGUGAUGCAGUCCUGUUUGACAAGGUCAUCUCUACUUCUGACGACACAAAUGCUGCCCCCGUCACCACCAUGACAAGCACAGCCCUCAGCAAACCCAAGGACAAGAUAAUGAACCAAAGGUCCUCUUUGCUAGAUCAUCUGCUAGCAGAGGAUAAUGCUGCAGCAAAUAAUAAAUCUCCCAAGGUCAAAGAAAGUGACAACUAUAGUUCUGCCUUUUUUUCCAAUGAGGUUAUAGAGUCUUUAGAAAAGAUCCUCAGUUUGGAUGGAACUAAACACCAGGAUGAUGAGGUUGCAGUCAGUUCUUUGGCAAUUGUGCCUAGCAAGAAAAGGGGAGGCGCAAGUUUGUGGAGAAAGUUAUUGUGGAGAAAGAGGAAAUCCAACAGCAGAAAACCGCCCUUUCCAUUUGCUCCAUAACUCUUAUCGUGGUUGUCCUGAAGCUUGGGAUUUGAUACAAUAAGGUCUGCUUUCGUUAAUCUUGUUGGAGAGCUAUUGCAUGGUUGUGUAUAUUUCUGCCGUGUGUACAACUGCUGACUGGACAUGUUUUUGUAAUAUAGAACGUUCAUCUAAUGUGUAUAGUUAUCAUCUUCAAUUGCUAAAACACAUUGCAUGUUGUCGUUUUUCAUCUGUAUGUAACAGGAUUUUCAUGUGAAGUUAUUUACACCUAGUUUUCUA